GCUUCUUCCCUGUCAUUCUGCAAUCUGGACUUUCGAUUCCGCGUGGAGAAGACGACUUCCAACGCGGAAUUCGAAAGCUUCAUCGAUCUCGAUACAUCAAAUUACAUAUUCGUUUGAAUUCUCAGUUUCGUGUUUAUCGGCAGCAAGAAAUACGAAGAAAUCGGUUAUAGGAAGUAAUGGGAACGCCGGCGUUCCCAAAUCUAGGUAAACAUUGCUCCGUUGAUGAUUGUAAGAUCAUUGAUUUCCUUCCCUUCACCUGCGAUUGUUGCAACAAGGUUUUUUGUCUAGACCAUCGGAGCUACAUUUCACAUCAAUGUCCAAAAGCCAACAAGAACAAUCGCACUGUCGUCAUCUGUCCGCUCUGCGCAAAGGGGGUUCAUUUAGUCCUGGACCAAGACCCAAACAUAACAUGGGAAUCUCAUGUUAAUACAGAUUGUGACCCAUCAAAUUACGAAAAAGUCACCAAGAAAAAGAAAUGCCCUGUCCGUGGUUGUAGAGAAACCUUAACGUUCUCCAACACAAUUAAGUGCCGUGAUUGCACCAUCGAACACUGCCUUAAACACCGGUUAGGACUCGACCAUGGUUGUCCUGGGCCAAAAAAACCCGAGCCAUCUUUCCCAUAUUGGGGGUUCUCAAAUAGCACAAAACAGACCCAUGCUCCAGUAUCAUCUUCGUCGUCAUCAUCAUCAUCAGGGUGGACUACAAGUCUCCUUAGUGCAGUCUCAUCCCUUAUGAUCAGUAACGAUAAAACGGAUGGAGCGGGUCCCAGUGGUGGGGCAAGUAGAAAUGGUGGAGGUGCGAGCGGCCAAGUGGAGCAGUGUCCAAUAUGUUACAUGAAGUUCUCUAAGGCUGCAGCCUUGAUUGAUCAUGUGCAGAAGGUUCACGAAAAGAAGGGUGUGAUGAAGGUGACGAUAGACGUGUGUCCAAAGUGUAGCAAAGGGUUUCGAGAUCCCAUGGCGCUGGUGCAGCAUGUUGAAAGAGAACAUAGAGGUAUGUCUCAAGCCUAAAAGAUAGAAGCAAUUUGUGUUCUUAUUCCUCUCUUUUUUUGGUUUCUUGCCAUCGAAUAUACUUGUAAAUCGAACUCGGGGUUCUAAAAUUGAAUUUCAACACAUUUUUUGUUGUAAAUUUGUAGCAAAGGUUGUUUUCAUUUGAGUUU